AAAAGGUGUCGGUGAUGACCCUAAGGCAGGCGGAGAGGUUAGCCAAGCGAAGGGACUUGAAGCUGGUCCAAGUGGAAGACCCAACCUUAAAGGGCAAAGUGGGGAAGCAAGUGUACAAACUGAUGACAGGGAAGCAGUACUUUGAGGAGGAAGUCCGAGCGAAGAAAGAUGUGAAGACCACAACUGGAAUGAAGGGGGAGAAGAUAUUAACCAUUUCUGGAAAGAUUGCUGAGCAUGACCUGAUGUCAAAACUCCAUAAUGUUGAAAAAUGGUUAAAGAAAGGUCAUCAGACAAAGGUCACACUAUCUUCACGAGGAUGCUCUCCAGAUGAUAUGGAGACUAUUUACAAUACCAUUGAAGCAAAUGUAGUGGGUUUUGGAGGCCGCAUUCUGCAGCGACGUGUUAAGGCUGGAGACAUUAAAUUUUUUAUUGCACCUGCCAAAGAAGCUAAGACAGAAAACAUUGGUAAUUUAAAAGCAAGAAACGAACAACCUCCAAAGACAGCAGAGAGAAAUCAAGAUCUGAACCCUGACUAUGAAGUAUCUGAUCUUGGAAGAAAAAUGGAAAGUUGAGGAAAAUUUCAUCAAAAUGCACAUGAAUUUUGAGGAUAAUUUCUCCAUGGGUUGGUGAUAUUCAACUGGUAACUUACAAAUGCUGAAAAGUAUUCUCCAGCAUUUUAAGUGUUAAGUUAAAAAAGACAUCUGAGGAUAAAACUAAAUAUUGUGAAACAAUGUUUAUGUAAAUAGGAAAUAUUUUUAGAAGUAUGUUGAUAUAAAUAAAAUUUUGUUAAUAUUCUGUUGUAUUGACUUUUAUUAACAAAAAUUUAUAUUGUAACUAUUUCAUGGAGAGUUUUAAGAAUUUUUUUUAUGGAAUAGAAACCCUAAUAUAUUUCUUCCUUUUAGAACAGAAAGUAAUACCUUAUUGCAUUAUAUGCUUCUUAUAUUGCAAGGGAAUUAAAUUCAGCUUGUUAUCUUUAAAGGUCUUAGAUAUUGGAAUAAUCCUUUGAUAUUUUUUAAUAUGCUUUUGUUACUGAAGGUAAUCUACAGUGGUUAUCAGAAUAACCUUAGCAUUAUAUCAUAGUCACAAAAAAGAUGUAUGUAUUUAUGCAACAAAUAUUGUAAGUAGCCCAGGUGAAGAACUUGAUGUUAAUGUUCAGCUUAUCUUUUGUUAUCUAUUUUCUCACUACAGUGAUCACUUUUUUAUUUGUUAGCUUUCGUCUUUGAAAGGAUGGUUGACAGAUAUUGGCUAGAUUGGUCUGUACUACUGUAUUGUUACAUUAUUGCACUGUACUGUAAUAUUACAUUAUACUAUAAUACUGUUCUGUAAUGUAUUAUGCUAUAGCACUGUUCUGUAAUAAUGUAUUAUAUUGUAGUACUGCACUGUAGUAUUUUAGUAGUAAAAUGUACUAUUGCA